AUGUCACUGAGACCGAGCUCCUCUGGGGGCCCGAGUUCGAAGAGUUCAGCUAACAGCUUUAAGUAUGACAAGAGAGUCUCUAGAGACGACUCUUUUAUCAAUCAUAGAGCAGGUGCUGGAGCGGGAUAUAGGGUGUACGGUUUUACACCAAGGCCACUCCCUACUCCAGAGUCUAGUCCGCGGACAUCACCGCCACAAAAUAAUAUAUAUAUUCCAACUAUCAGGAUGCCUACUCCCGAAUCCAUUAACGAGGUUUAUCCUACGGAGAUUGGCAUGGCACUUGGGAGUCCUACGAUGAAUCCGGCGAAUGGGAGCUUGCGAACACCUCAAUCUAUGACCAAGGCCUGGCAAGGGUCAACUGUGUCUCUGGUUUCACACGCAUCUGGUGUUAGCACUGCUGAUUCCCCAACAAAAUCUCUGCGCAGGAAGCAGUCAGGAAAAUGGAGGUUGUUCGGUAUGUUUGGAAAGAAGUCGUCGGAUCAUCUACACUCAAAGACGAACGAGCAGAAAGGCACGCCCUUACCCGAACGGCCGGCGGAUUUAGCAUCCCGACCUUGGUAUGACUCGAAAGUGGAGAGGAGUAACACUGUCGGCGCACGAAGAGCGCCAGGGCAUAAGCCCGUUGUAUCCAGGUCUCAAACAAUGCCUUACCAGGGAGACAGCUCGGCGCAGGAGUCAAAGUUGACGCUGAGAGAAAGGAGUAAGGAAACGCACGGGAGAAUACCGAUAACGUUAGACAACAAACCGGCUCCAAGUGGCUCCCUAUUAGAUGUUGAAAUCCCUCAGAUUACGAUGGAGAGAUACAGCGUGAUGUUUGGGAGCGUCUUACAGUCACAGCCUUCCUUAUUAGCUCGACGGCAAGUUACCGUUCAGAAACUAAAAGGCCCAGAUGAGGCUGCAGAAAAUAAUGGGGGUAGGAAGCAUCAUGAUGUCUCGAGAAGAGAGUCGUCCCCUGCGGGAAUGUCACCAUCACUUGCUUUAUUUCCCCUGGCUCCUUCUAAGAAGCCAGCACAGGGAUCUCAUAGCUCGCCGUCGCGUUUGAGAUCCAGCACCUCUCCAGCACAACUUCGGUCACCUUUGCAAGAAAGCUUUGAUCACACUGCAUCCCAGCAAAAGAAGCCGUCUAACGAUGAACUAAACUCUUACCUUCGCAAAGGACCAUCUGUCCAUCGUUAUCCACAGGAGAAACUCACCAUUGCGACUCUAGCCAGAGCAAGGGAGCAACAGGCUGCCGCCAGGGAACAUCAGUUCAGCCCCGAAACAUCGAGUUUGAUACUGGAUUCCCCGACCGACCUGUCCUCUCCCGAGUUUGAGGUCGUCAAGUCGGAACCUCUACGGCCAAAAGCUUUAUAUCUGCAAGAACCCCAGUGGCAAAUGAUAACACCGCCAAACCCCACGCCCCCAACUACAUCAUCCUCAUCAACGAGCGACAAAAGGCCACCUCCUUUCCUUGCGUCCCCUGCACACUCGCAUCCAGGCCAGACAUCCCAGGACAACGACGACGAUGACGACGACGACGAUGAUAUAUUAGAUAGCUCUAACAUGAAUCCCGUCGAACUAUCGAUCGCGAGGCAGAUAUCGAUAUCCAGACAGCAGCGAAAGAUGCUGAAGCCCCUAAACCAGGCCUCGGUUAGGAAACAGCCGCCACCGGUCCCUAAGAUUGCUAUCGCACAGAACGAGAGACUCGCUGAGACGAAGACCGCAACGCCGACCUUGGUUGUCCCUGACGAAGAGCUGAUAGCACAGUCUCCCCUAGCGUACCAUCGGAAGAGCGAACGCGUCGUUUUGGACCAGGUGUAA